GGGGAAGGGGAGGGAGCCGAAGAUGGCAUGAGAGGAAGGGCGCGCAGAAUACGCGCAGGCCGCGGUUUAAUCUCCGUGCGCGCGCGCAGGGGGAGGCGGGGCCUCCUGGCUGCUUCCGGAGCGUGCCUUCAACCGAACCCCCCCCCCCCAAGCCCCGUUUACUCUCGUUAUCUUUUAUUCAUUCCUUAUUCCAUUCACGGUUCUUUCAAGAGACCAGCCGGGGGUGGGGUAGGGAGGGGGCAGGAACCCCGUCGGGCGUCCUCCUCUUAACAGCUGCGCGGAAGUCGCGGGGCCCCGUUUCGGUGCGCCUUCCCUCUGAAGAGGGGUUCCCGCUGCUGAGGAGGAGGAAGGAGAAGCCGCGCGAGGCUUUUGCGCGACGGGCCCGGAUCCGGCCCUGAAGUGGCGAAGCUGCCCUGCUUCAGGCCGCGAGUGGAGGGGGAGGUUCACGUGGCCAUGUGCUCCCCGCCACCCAGCUCAAAAUAAAAUGAUUUAUGUAUAUACACACACAUAGAGCAACCGGGCUAACCAGCCUUGGCCCUGACUGGCUUGUGUCCAUGUUGUAGGAACUAUGGUCUUCCUUCCCUAUCCUUAAUUCUACUGGAGGAUCAUUCUUAACUUCCUUCCACUGGAGUAUCAUUCAUUCUUUUCGUCUUUUCUACCUAUCGCUGGAAAAUACCGGUAUUUCUUUCCACUGGAAAAUCAUUCUAUCCUUCCACUGGAAGAUCCUUCCUUCCUUCCAAUGGAAGCUGCUCCUUCUGUAGAUCAUUCUAUCCUUCCCUCAACUGAAGGAUCUUUCCUCCUUUCCAUUGGAGGAUCAUUCUUUCCUUUCUUCUUUUCACUAGAAGAUAAUUUUAUCCUUCCGCUGGAACAGUGGUUCCCACUUAGCUAAGUAUUGCAGACCCUCUGUUUUUCAAAAGCCAGACUAUGAAUAUUUUGAAAAUGUUGAUAUCUCUGUGAUAGUUUUUGUUAUGUGAAAGAUGCCACCAUACCCUCCAGCAUGUCACAGCACAAAACCAUGAUGCAUGUCUCAUGGGCUGCGCUUCUGUGUGAGAGCACAGGGCCCAAAAUGGGAUUUCCCAGACAGUUGACAGUUUUUCUGAUACCGACCCCCUGCCGCUGUCCACCAGUUGGGAACCACUGCACUGGAGGAUCAUUCCUUCCUUCCGCUGGCGGAUCAUUCUGUCUGUCUUUCUUUCCAUGGUAGGGUCAUUCUGUCCAUCUUCCACUGGCAUAUCUUUCUUUCCACUGGUGCCUCAUUCUGUUACUGAGCUCCAGCCUUCACACAGGCUGAGUGCCCUGGAAGCCCUAAAGAAAACAAUACCGCCCUCUCCCUUGUGCAUUAGUGUGUUGCAAAUGUUAUGCACAACCCUCCAAAGGGAAGGAAGCCUGUGGGACUGUGUGCUGUGUGUGGAGAAACAGCUAUGUGUGUCUUGCGUGAAGCACCCAGACAUGGUAUCUCUAGCUGUCACCAUAGUUUGCCCGAACUAGCUGUUCUUUUUCGUUGUUCAAUUGGUGAAGUUUGUGUAGAAGUUGACACAGCUUUUAGCAUAAGAGACUAAUAUGGGCAGGAGGACAGUGAAGAAACAUGCGCCUCAUGCUGGUGCUAGAAAAAGAUAUUUUUUGUUUUUACGAAAUAUCUUUCACAGGUUUUGUUCAGUGGCAAAGAAUCUGUGUGUGGCAUAUUCUAGUGCAGAAAAGGAAGGCAACUCAAAAAUAUACCGUAUUAUACAAGUGGGGGUUCUGCAACAAAAUGCUUCAAUGUGUCUCCAGUGUGGUGUAGUGGUUAAGAGUGGUAGACUCGUAAUCUGGAGAACUGAGUUUGCGUCUCUGCUCCUCCACAUGCAGCUGCUGGGUGACCUUGGGCUAGUCACACUUCUUUGAAGUCUCUCAGCCCCACUCACCUCACAGAGUGUUUGUUCUUCUUCCAGUUGUUAUAAGUGAUCUUUGAAUAUCUUUUUUACUUCCCUGCCUGUCUAAGCAUACAGUUAAGGCAGGAGCUCCCAUUCUUUUCAGGCACAAGGAAACUUGAGAAACAGUCAAGGGCACCACCUGAAGUAAAAAAGGAUACCCCGAUUCCCCCCCCCUUUAAAUUGGGAUAGGCAUGACCACCAUAUGCCAUGUUGCAGAUUCCAGGCUCAGCUGCUGGCUGUGAGCCCCAAGCAUAUGAGUAGAAAGCUAUAUUGCUACAUGGGGAGGGGCAGUUUCUGGUAAAAGCACAAUGGGAAGUUGGUAUUUUUUCAUGAAACCUGGUGAGGGGAGGUUUUUAACCUCAUGGCAUUAAAUCUUCUCCAUCUUAAUCACACCUUUGAGAAUACAGAAGCUGAUCCUCUUUCUCCACCAUUUUCUUUAUUAAAAAAGCAGACAAACUGAAGCCCUCAAUACUGUAUUUGUAAGGUCCUUCUCUGGUCCUUUUUGUGGGUUUUAAAAACAGUUCCCCCCUUUUGAUUUAUAAAAUAAUAUACUAACACACAUCUAAGGAGCCCCCCUGGAUCUGUAGGAACCACCCUUUAUGUCAGGUGUCCCAUUUUGACUUUCUAGCUGUCAGGCAUUUGACCAUCCAUGAUGGGUUGGAAGGAAAGAUUACAAUACGGAUACAGUACUACUGGGAUGCAUUUGGCGUAGUGAGUCAACAAGUUGUAUGGGUCUGUUCUGUUACAUAACUCCUGUCUGAAACCUCUUGUUCCCUGGGGAAAAAAUGCCCAGCUGCUGCAUUGGAUGUAGGCAUCCCAUAUGUAUUUUGCGAAAGCAACACUCUGACCUACUCUAUUAAGAUGUAUGUGUUUUCAACUUUUAUCAAACCUCAGGGUUGGACUGGGGUUGGGGAAGCACUUGGCUGAUUUGACUGAUAUAGGAAUAUCACUAAUAUGCUUUUUGGCAGCUAUCAUCUUCAUACCGUGAAACCAGAUUAUGUUACUGGCAAUAAGGAGCAAUGUGUGACUGUAGCAGGCCUGUUUGCUUAAAUUCAAGGCUGCCCCAGUAAUGUAUAAAGAAGGAGUGGGGAUUGUUUUUGAAAGCAAAAGGGGGAUAUGGGUAAGAGGAGCUGAACUGUCUGUGCUCCUGUGGCUUGCCCCCACCAUUCUCCCCUUCUAGGCAUUUUUCUUUCCGGUGAGCUCAGUUUCAGAAUCUGGAGGUGGGGGUAGUUCAGGUAAUAGCUUGGGGAGAUAGGUCCCUUUUGCUCGUAAUGUUCAGCCCCCGCUUUCCAACUCUAUAGAUGCUGAGAGCCGUGUUUGAAAUUCACCAGGCAUAUUUUGCACCUGACUUUCAGCCACUUGCAACCAGAUGAAGAUGCCCGGGUGCCACGAUGGCACCUGGCAUCACCAUCUGGAGCUGCAUGCAUGGGGAUCUUUGGAUCUUGACUGUGUGCACGCACGCACUAGGAACACAUCCUUGUAGAAUUCUAUCCAUUAUAUUUUAUCCGCACGAUGAGAAUGAAUUUCAGGAGCUAAAAAGUUGCAUUGAAAAACAACACUUUUGUGGCAUCUGCUCCAAAAAUGGCAACUAGACAUUCUGUUUCGGUGACUGUAACCCUGGUAUAAGGAGCCUUUUUGGUGCUUAGCUUGUAUAUAUGAGUUUCUAACACUGGCUGAGAGCAGAAGUGGUUGGUUUGAGCAACUGUUUAUAGCUUUUUGAAUUAAGUUCACACGGCAGCUUAUUGUUGAAGGAAUAAGUGUCUGGAAAGUUGCUCCAGAAUUUUUGUAUUGCUCAUACAAAGAAUGAUACAGACAUUGAGACUAAUAAAGAAGGCAAAUUGUAGUCUACAGUAAUUGAGUCAUUCCCCCCCCCCUAUAGCUUAACAUGAUUUCCCCCCUUUUUUGUGGGAGUGUAAACUGAACCACAUCCAAUUAAUUACAAUUUGACAUAAACAUGAAUAAAUUUACCAUGUUUUGUGGAGUAUUUGCGUUUCUUGUCUGCCAAUAUUUAGUACCCCAUAAUACCUGUGGUGUGAUUUAUCUCAUAUUCAGUAUGAGCUGGAACUUAGCUGGAAGGGUGCCCCAGGCUCUAGCAUCAUCAGGUUUUUUUGGUUUGUUUUUUUAUUGACCACAUGAGACCAUGCAAUUAACAAUACUUGUCUCAUUUGCAGCCCAAGCCUAUUAAUAUUUACUUGGAAGUGGGCCUUGCUGAAUUCAGUGGGGAUUACUUUCCAAGCGAGUGCGCAUAGGAUUGAAGCCUUAAGAUUUGCACAGGAUUUGCACAGGAUUGAUAUGUAGAGUCCAGAUGGUAGACACCAUGCAAUCUAUGUUAAUGGCUCUUCGCAGCGUAAGCAAAAAAAAAUACACAAGCUGAGAGGGAUGAAGACCCUUAAAAUUGUGGAAUCUGACUAUGUCCAUAGCCACACUGAGCAUUGAAUAUGCAAUAGAUAACUAAAAGAGAAGACUGAUAAUCUGAUGGUUGUCAAAAGGGACCCAGAUUUAAUUAAUUAAUUUGUUGCCAAGGGCAACCCAAUCAGCCAGCCAGACAACCCCUACCCCAACAUGAUACAUGAAAACCAAGAGGGAAAAUAAAUACAUUAAAAACAUUACACCAGCUUUUAAAAGGACACAGAUACUUAAAAGAUCAAAUACCUGGUAACAGAGGAAAGUUUUUGACUGGCACCUAAAGAUAUAUAAUGAUAGUGGUGCCAGGCGAGCCUCCUUGGGGAGAGCAUUCUGCAAACACGGAGGCACAGCAGAAAAGGCCCAUUCUCAUGUUGCCUCCCUCCAGACCGCUAAUGGAGGAGGCACACAAAGAAGGGCCUCAGAUGAUGACUACAGGGUUCAAUUUGGUUCAUAUGAGGAGGAGUGGUCCUUGAGGUGUUGCGGUCGUGAGCCAUUUAAGGCUUUAUAGAUCAAACCUCCACUUUAAUUUGGGCUCAUUACUCCGUAAUCUCUGUUUGCUGUACAGUAGAAAUGAUGGUAUUUAUCUACUUUUCUGAAAUACUGUUGGCACUUAAACUGCUUUGACUUUGACCCAUUAAAAAAAAUCCAGUGGUUCAAGUGGCAAGAUGAUAAACUCUUACAUUAAUUCUGGGAUACAGAAUAUAUAUCAAUAAAUCCAGUCUUUGAUAUGUGUAAGAAUCAUAUUGAUUUUGAGAAGUUAAAAGUUGAUGCUCUCAAAUUCAUUUAGUUUUAAAGUUGUGAUUUCCCUUACAGAAUACAUGAUGUGCUCCUUCAUUUUUUUGCCAAUUAAUUUUAAUUAAGUCUUAAAAAAUCAGAUUGACAAAUUUAACAAAUCUCAGAUUAACAUUUUUUUAAAAAUACAAAUUAAUUUCCAAUUUAAUAUAUCCCUAGAGGUUGAAUUCCCACCUCUCGUUCCAUGGUGUUUUAAUGCCAGCCCUUUCCUACUGCAUUAUACAAAGAGAUCUUCUCUAUUACACAACCUCAUAUCAUUAUUAUAAUCUUUCUUCCGUUGCUUAAACCUCCCAAAAAGAACUGCACUUUUAAAAAAAUUCCUUGUCUUGAUCUUUUACCUUGCUGUUUUCAUAUAAUUUUACUUUUAAAAGCCAUCUUUAAUCAAAACUCUUUUUUCUCCUCCUCCAUUCCAUUGUUGCAGUUGCAGUUAUUACAUCCUCUUUGGAACCUCUGUCUAAACGGUUGUUAGCAUGUUGAGAAUCUUCCUUUUUACUUUCUGAGUUAGCAUCACUGCCCCUGACAUACCGCCUGAAACCACAGCAAGUCCUUACAUUCCAGUCAUCACCAACAUUCUUCUCUAUAAAACUGCUUGGCUUCCUCUCAAUUUUGGUAGAUCAAAUCCGUAAGUCCAGCCACAGUCCUUCCGAGUUAGAUUCCAUUUUGCAUUUCUCAUUCAACCAGACACAACGGGUUUAUGUUUACAUUCCUCACUUCCUAAUUCCCACCCCACAGACUCUUCCACUGGGAUUUUUCCUGUUAAACUGUUCUACCAAAGUAAUUCCAAUUUUUACAUUCUAAAGUCGCAUUGUAUCCAAAUUUUGUUUUGUUUUGAUGCUCCUCAUUGCAAGUUAAUCCUGAUGCUCUUUAUCCUGCUGACAACAACAGGGAAGUCUGUCAUUAACAAUGAAAGACGAAUCCUACUCAGCAAACAACUUUUUACAUGAGAGAUAGUGUUUGAAUCCUGCUCUUCAAGUAGAUGUGAAGGACAACAAGAAGGAUGUUUGAUCGAAAUAAACAAACUGAUGAAGCCUCUGCUGCUUCAGCAUCACAAGAUUUAGAAAGAAGAGGUAAUGAAGGCUCCUUACAACAGGAGAGAGGUAGCAGCACACAAGCGCCAGAGCUGGCUGGGGCUGGACUACCUGUCAUACAGAACAGGCAAGGCUAUUGCAACUGUUGCCAUGUACACUACAGUAAUCUUGAACAGCAUGUGUCCAGUACCCAGCACAGGCACUUUGCCACUUACUGCAGGAAUCGUACGGGUACAACUAGCCUGAUGGAGCGUUUCCUACAAGAUGUUUUGCGGCAUCAUCCCUAUAGAUACCAUGAUAACAGACCGACGUACGACGACAUACCAAUCAGCAGCUCCCAACCUCUUCCCAGGAUUGAGCCUCUUUUGCCCGUGGAAGUGCUGGAGAAGGAAGGUGCCCUUAGCCAGAGAGAAGAACCAAGCGCCGACAGUGCAUUCACCGCAGAGUCAGGCUGGUUUACUUCCCAGAGAUCACAGGAGGAACCGAAGGAGGCUCCUGGGCCAGUCACACUUCUCCAAACGCUAGAAGAAAGGGGACAAGUGCACAGCCAACGAACUUCGCAGCAAACGAUAGACAUCUCUAGCAGUACAAGAAAUCAUGUUGCAGCGGAUGGAACACUGACUGAAAGUAGUAGCCAUAAAACCCCACUUGCAGCAGUGAACCCCUUACCCUGUCCAUCAUCCAUUAGCCACUCACCACCCCCUCCAAUACUUGAAAAAUAUACGAUGCAUUCAGUAAUACCGGAUUUGGCUUCACAGAACAGGUGUGAGCAAACUAAGCAGAGCAUAUGCGAUCAAGAUGAAUUACUGCCUCCAAAUUUGAGCCCCAUUUUUCAGUUUCCCCAGUCAACAACUGUUUCACAUUCACAAGAGAGUCCUGUGUGUAAUCAAGGCAACUCUUUAAUCUCAGGUCAGGUUUUUUUAAAACAAGGUGGCUUACAGGCUCAGGAUGAAACUCAGAUCUCCGACUUCUGUCUCAGGGACACUAGCAACCCUGUGGGUACCGGUAACUUGCUGAGUUUUCAAGCAGCCUCCCAGUUUUCAGGGGGGAAAGAAAACCAGUUGAGCAGAAGCGCGGGAACUUCUGUAGAUGAAAUCACUGGCGAAGUGGUUCUGAGUUACUGCUCUGAAACUCCUCCCCAAGAGUUGCCUCGCAGAGAUGAAGAGACUAACCCAUGCGUAAAUAUCCUGUCACUUCUGGACCACAACAGUGUUCAUGGAUCAGAUGUAAGCUUUGAUUGUGAUGCAAAUGCUCAGUCAGGAGCACACCUGCCCGAGGCAGCUGUUAAAAAUCUAGAAUUGCUCAAAGAGGUUCAAGUAAAUUUACAAGAUGAGAAGUAUGGCUCCCAGCUCAGUUCCAUUCUUCAAAAUAACUCUGUGCAGCAAACAGCAGAAGCAGAAGCAGAUGUGUCCGAUCGUCAUAAAGAACCAGUUCUUCCAGCUUUGCCCCAUGUGCCUCCUUCCUUUGUAGGAAAGACGUGGUCCCAGAUCAUGUAUGAAGAUGAUUUGAAAAUUGAAGCCCUUGUGCGGGAUUUCAGGGAAGGUCGCUUCCGCUGCUACUUUAAUUCCAAGUCCUUGGCUAAUGGUGCAACAACAAGGGAGAAGAAGGAAGAAGAAGAAGAAGGAAAAAUCAGUGCAAUUGCAGCUGAGGAAUUGGAGGCUGUGUCAGAUAACGGGCUUCUGGAAUUUGGCUCUGACUUCAGCAACUCUCCUGCUGCCUCAGAAACACAACACAUUCCAGAAGCAGUAAGGAAGCCUCAAAAAAGGACUUGGCGCCUUGCCUCAAGAUGCCAAGUGGUCAAGGUUAGCCGUGGCACACAAACUAGCUUGCUGAACUAUCCCAUAGCGAAGCAAAAAACCAUUCGAAGGGACCAUGAGCAGCCAAAUCCGAAAGGUUAUUUUGUAUGGUCAGAGAAUGAGAAGACGCCCACCAUGAAAACUAGACUCUGUGCCCUCAAGCUUCCUGAAUCUUACACCAAAAUCCUGAACCCUUUACAGCCCCAAACCACGGUCUAUGUUCUUUCCUGUCCAGAGAUGAAACCGGCUAGGAGCAACGCUGAAGACAUUCCCAAAACGAGAAGAUGCUACAACUUAUGGGGUAAGGACUCCAUAAGGUACAAAUACAAACAGACUUCUAUAAAGUAUUAUGACCCACUGACAAACCGAGUUUUAAAAACUCCUCCCAGAAGUGUAGCUGGGGAAAAGGCAAAGAAGGCUUCACAUGUCCGGCAGCUGUUCAGGAGUCUCAGCCUUGAUGCAAACGGGAAGAAGCGAGCCGAUACGCAGUAUGAAUGCAUAGCACCAAAGUCCUUCAAUUCGCCAGAUUUCAAUGGUUCGUCAACACCUCUCACGUCGGAUCCAGUUAAGGAGAAAGACAAGAAUUCAAGUCAUAAGACGGAUGACUCUUGUGUUUCCCCAGAGAAUGAGUGUCUGGUAUGUAGCAGUUCAGAGAAAUCCUAUAAGAACCUAGUUCUUUCACCACUGAACUCUCACCAAUCCCAGCAGGACAGUGACUUAAGGUUAACUCCCUUCAAUAGGAAGGAAGUUCAAUCUCCUUUGGCAUCGCGUGUGGCUGUCUGUCUGAAAAGAGUCAAUACAAAGACAUUGUGGCAGAGGAGAAAGGACAAGGGUCGAGAGCCAGGGUUUUCAAAGAAAGCUGCAGGACUAGCCAUUGUAAGGCGAAGCCUCAUUCGGAGAGGGAUCAGGAAACAGCCACCCAGGACUACAACUCAGGCAAAGGAGGGGGGGAUGAGAAAGAUUUAUUGUGCUGCAAAAUCCUUUGGCUUGUCCAUUUCCAGGCAUCAAACAAAGAAAGCUACUAUAGCAAAGCACCUUAAGAAAGAAAAACUUGAUGCUAAAAAGCUAAAGGUGACAAGCAAACCGAAGAGGACAUUUUUGAAUGACGCAGCUAUUGUGGGCGUGGACAUUUCUGAAGAGAGGCAGCAGGGAACCACUCAAGGGCUGCUUCCAAAGUAAAAAAAAAAAAGGGAAGUUACUUUAGGCAAGAAUCUGCUUUGCACUGUGAAGUGAGUGUUUCCCAAACCACACCGACAUGGAUGUUGAUUUUCCCCACUAAGAGGCACUCAAGAACAGGCCGAAGAGGUGGGAAGUGGGAGGGCUUUUCAGAAAUCUUUUGCUGCACCAGAGCUAGAAACUGAACAAGUUCAAGGUCUGCCAAUAAGCCAACAUACCUACAAACUGUUCACGUUGCUGCUCUGUGGGCAUGCUGCACAUUGCACUGUUCUAUUAUGUAAAAGUUACAAAAAAAAUGUUUUUUUGUUUGUUUGAAAGCACUAAAAGGUCCUGUUUAAUAGGCUCCCUUGCAUCUUUGCCACAGCAGAGAAAUAUUGAACUUUAGUUGUACAUUAUUCUACCUGAAGGAAAUGUAGUGCACUAAGUUUUGGAAGUGAAUACAUUUGCCUUGUACAUAAGGUUCAGCUUUUCAUACCUAGCUGACAAGAAACCCACCAAAACUUUACUCCACAAUGGCUUGCGUCCCUUGAGCAGAAGACAUCCCUUGCAUGUGUCCUCCCCCCCCUUCCAUGUCACAGGCACCUUGCUGCUCUGGAGGAUCCCUAAACAUCUGGAGUCAGUUUGGGGGGGAAACUGCAGUUGGGGAAUCGGACACCCUCGCAACGUUGGCAGAAGUGCCUUCAGCUUGUAAUGUGUGGUCUUUGGAUCCAAGCCAAUAGCUAUGAUCAGAAAAUUAAAUGGAAUUAUAUUUCGGUGUAAUUUGUGACAAGCAAUAUAAUACAGGAAAAAAAUCAGUGAGACUGUCACAGUAGGACCUGCAUACUCCAAAGUAAAUUCCCGUUGUUUUUAGUGGGACAUAUUCUCAGGUAAGUAUGCAUAUAGGAUUUUGCUGUCUUGGACUAGGCACACUUUCCUGGGGGUAAUUCCCACCAAACACAACGGGAUUUGCUUCUGAGUAAGCAUGCACAGGAUUACACUGUAAAUUAUAAGCCUAGUACAAGGUUUGUGCAAUUACUCCCUAACCCCCCAUUGUGUUGGUUUUUAUCUCCUGAUGUGCACAUUGGGGACCAUCGUUCUAGAAGGAUGCUGAUGCUGAGAAAAGAAAUGUCUUUAUGUAACCUUUUGUGCUGUUCCCCCUCCCCACCUCCACCCCUUUGAAAGCAGAUGAAUCUACACAGCUUCCCAGGGCCACACAGAACCGUUCAUCCAGAAUGCUGCACACGAGCAAUAUUUCUGUCCUCUCGUUGAAAUUAAAACUGCACAGGGAUUUUAGAAUGGAAUAGAUUUCUUAUGCCUGGUUUCUCUUGUCACCCCAAAGCAUAGUUGUGAAAAUAUUGGGAAUGAAUUGAAAUAAAGCUACUGCAGACAAAAGUUCUGAAAGACGCUACUUCACAUUUUAAGUCAAAACAGAUCUACACAUAUUGGUUUAAGAAGAAACGUAGGUUUGCCUAAGAAAAUCAUGGAUUUUUGUUUGGCUUUUAAUUCAUUUAAAAGCUUU